AUGACUCAGCAGGGAGCCGUUCUUCAGGGUUACAAUAAUGAACUAGUGAAAUGCAUUGAAGAUUUAUGUAUGCAAAAAGAAGAACUGAACAAACAAAUCCAGCAAGCAGAAGAGGAAAAGACUAAACUCCAGCAUGAAAUCCAAGUCCUCAGUGAACAGCUGGAGUGUGUGUGUGAAAACCUGGCCCAAAAAGUGGCUUCACGGAAUGAGCUUGAUAAAAUACUUGCUGAAACUGAAGCUGCUUACAUGAAGAUUUUGGAUAGCUCUAGAACUUUACUUAAUGUCCUGAAGAAGGAAGUGGGAAGCAUAAAGCAUUCAUCAGAUCUGAAAACCAAUGUAACAUGA